UGUCCCCCCUUGUUCGCAGGGGCGGCAGAUGUGGCCGGGGACAAUGAGGGGCCCUCCCGGGACGCAGCGGUGACAGACUCCCCGGGCGCAGCCAGCCCCGGCAACGUCUGGCAGGACGCCCGUCCAGCUGAGCAGGGGAGCCGCCCCCACCUCACCCGCCUCUUCUCGCGAGACGCCCCAGGCCGGGAGGACAACACCUUCAAAGACAGACCCUUGGAGUCGGACGGGCUGCAGACUGUGGAGGAGCUGGGCCCCGCCAUGGCCGCACAGAAGAGGCCCUCUCAGCGGCACAGCGCCAAGUACCUGGCGUCCGCCAGCGCCCUGGACCACGGCCGCCCUGGCCUGCUGCCCCGACGCCCGGCCGGGGACCGCGGGCUGCUCCAGACCCUGGGCCGCUUCUUCAGCGGGGACAAGGCCGUCCCCAAGCGGGGCUCGGCCAAGCAGGUCCCCUGGCUAAAGCAGCAUGGGUGCCACCUGCCCUCCCAACGCAGUCUGUGCAGCCUCUACAAGGACACGCACCACGCAGCCAGGCCUGCCCACUAUGGCUCACUGCCCCAGAAGUCCCCGCACGGCCGGGCGCAGGAGGAGAACCCCGUGGUGCACUUCUUUAAGAAUAUUGUGACUCCUCGCACACCUCCACCAUCACAAGGAAAGGGCAGAGGCCUGAGCAGAUUCAGCUGGGGAGCUGAGGGCCAGAAGCCAGGAUUUGGCUAUGGAGGCCGGGCUUCAGCCCACAAGGGGCCCAAGGGGGACCCCCAGGGGACACUCUCCAAAAUCUUUAAGCUGGGAGGACGGGACAGCCGCUCAGGGUCUCCUCUAGCCAGACGCUGAGGUCCGGAGCCCCGCCCUUCGCUUCCUAACCCCUCAGCUGCCCCUCUAACCUGGCGCCCACCCCCACCCCCACCCCCCACCCAGGAGAUGGUGCCACCCCUGCUACUGACCCCCGCCGCCCCCCCCCCCCAGAGACACCCUCCCCAACCUGAGCAGAUGCACCAGGGGCCCUGGACCUGACGAGAACUUUGC